CCAAAAAAACACACACUCCGAAGCUCGAGUUGCCAACUUGGUAUCAUUCCACGAUUACAGGCCAAUUUUGCAGUUGCCGUUUCGUCCACUUAGACGGCAAGGAGUGAAGUCAAAAGUGGGGCUGCCAGUUCCUUGUUCUCCGUGUAUAGAUUCCCAAGACAACAUUCUUGAGUGUAGCUAAAAUAUUCGGGUGACAUCUCCCGUUUCAAUUGGAAAGAAAGGUGAAGAAGCCGAAGGUAUUGAUUUGGACGGAGGGCUUUGAAAUAAGGACGACAGUCCCGAAGUUUGUAUCACACCUUAGCGGAAACAUGAAAACAACAAUGUUUUAUGAGGGGCUGAGAAUUUCGAGGACUUUGAAGGAGUGGCUUCUGAAACUUUGAUGCUGCUUUCAACUUAAUGCUAAAAAUGGCAAGAAAUCUUGUUUCUGAAUACUAGGAGUUUCUCUUCUGAAUUUUCAUAGUAUAAAAAGCAGUAAUGGGUUCUUUUGUAACCCUUGAUCUCCAAUGUUUUUCAUACUUACUGGAAUCAUGUCACAAUUGCCCAUCAGGAAAGCUUGCCGAGGUCAGCAUUGCUGAGAAUUUAGCCGUUCGAGUUGGAGUUGAAAUUAUUCGACCAAUAACUUUCAUUUGUUGUGGACUCAUUAUCAAUGCGGAGGGAGCCAUAUUUUGGCAUUCAGAUGAAAUAACUCCCGAUUCUAUUGGAAAUGAUGCAAACCAAGAGAAAAGGCAAGAGAGCCCCUCAGCGGAUGACAGUGUUGUUGUUCCUGAAAGGAAGAAAGAUGACAUUGAAGAUGUUAUUGUGAAGUGUGAAGAAAAAUCUACAGAAAAAAUAGACGCUGAAGAAGAUAGUGUUAAGAUAUUAAUUGAAGAGGAUCCCCUUUUACUAGAUUCGUUAUCUGGCAGCCAUCCCAUUAAGAGUGUGCCUGAACCAAGCACUUCAUCUAAGGAAAAGAACCCAACGAGUACCACUAUAAGUAGACCUCUUAGAAAAAAUCUUAUUGGUAUUUUGAGCAACCAAGAUGCUGUUGGACCCACGGAAAAAGAUAAGGAUCCAAGUAUCAUGCCAACAAAAAUGAAAUAUCCUGAAAUAUUUACGUGUGAAUUUUGUGGAAAGAAUUUUACUGGUAAAAAUCGUGCAUAUAUGUUUUAUUAUCACAGAAAUCGUGAACACACCAAGGAAAUGGUUUAUCGAUGUGAGAUAUGUUUAAAAGAUUUUUAUGGAGAUAGAGAAUUACUUUCGCAUAUAACUACCCACAAAGAUCCUGGACAUGUUUGUCAUAUUUGCGGCAAAAUGUUCUCAAUAAGUAAGCACUUGAAGACUCAUCUCUUAGUUCAUGAACCUGUGCGUGAACACACAUGUGAGUUUUGUGAUAAAACUUUUCGAAGAAAGGAUCAUCUUAGAGUCCAUGAAAGAAUUCACACUGGAGAGCGGCCCCACCAGUGCAAGUGGUGUGGUUCUGCCUAUCCCCAGAAACACCAGUUGAAAAUACAUUUUCGCAAGUGCCCAAAUCUGAGACGCAACCAAGGUUUAGAAGAAGAGAUGAAUUGAUAUUCAUGGCAACAAAUAAGAAGGCUGUUCAAAACUUAUUAGGUUUAGUGAUAUUUAAAUCAAUUUCAGAAAACAGUAUUGGGCCUCAAUUCAAGUUGAUCUAGGAAAGGAAUAUGUAACAGGUUGGUAGUAAACUUGCUUUAGUUAACUUCACAUUUGUCAGGAACUAUAAUACAUAUUGUAAUUGCCAAAGGUAAAGUGAAAAUGCAAAAUACUCCUCUUAGUCUAUAUUUUCCUCAAAUAAGACACUACAAACUUCUAUUGCAUAACAAACAGGGUUAGAAAAAUAGUUCAGUUCCCAAAAGCAAAUUGUUAUUAAAAAAUGAAAAUAAAAAAUCAUUUAACAUUAAUCAUAAACUACAUUCUAUUAGAAGCCAUACCAAUGUCUUGACACUUUUAUUCUAAGAACACUUUCACAUUUUACGUACGUGGGAAAACUAUUUGGUUUACUCAAAUGUUAAUAAAAAAAAAAAUGACAUCAGUUUCACUAGAAUGAAUAAGCCAGGCUUUUUAUUCCCAAAGCAAAAGAAAAACCUUACCAAAAAAUAAUACCCUCCAUUAAGUCAAGAACUGAAAUAAAUAAACCAAUUACCUAAAAACAAAUAGUUUACCAUGUUUAGUUCCCAUACAUUGCAAGUAUACAAUAUUUUGACAAUGAAAGGUAUGGAAAUGUAUGUCACCAGCAGUCUUCCAAGUUGCCACAGUUAUAACAUUUGAUGUACUAUAACCUUCUUAUUUACAAGAAAUAAAGCUAUAAAAAUAGAAGCUGCUGAUGCCCAGUACUUAGAAACCUACCUUUCCUUGUUUUUCUCUAUGAAUCAUAACAGUUGUUUAUCCAAUAAAAAUUUCAAGUGUAAAAUAUAUGGAAGUAUUUGUAAUUGUAAAAAAGUAAUUUGUGCCACAUUUUAUAUAUCAGUACCAAAGUUCAACCUGGAAUGAAUAGCUGGAGAGUAUUGUGAUGGUAAUGUGUAAUUUCCAGCCUGAAGUUCUGUAACAUUCUCAAAUGGGUCAUAUCAGGCUGCCCAUUUUCUUAGAUCCAAAGCAAGUAUAGAAUAUAAGAAAUUGGAAAAAAAAUUCAAAACUAUCCUCAACCUGAUUUGAAUUUCUGUGCUUUCAAAGACUUUACACUUAUAGUAAGUUAUUCCAGUACUGUACCUGAACAUUUCGUCCCCAAGUAUCAUUUGUUCAUUCUGGUAAGAUCAUUUACAGUUUAAGUAGUUUUAAUUAUUGCUUUUCAUUCUCAAAGCAGCAUGUACAGAUGCAAAAAUCAUUUAAUAUUCAGGCUACCAACAUGAUGUUUACAAAGGCCCUUAAGUAUUGUUUUGGAUUAUUAAAAAUUUUAUUUACUA